AAAGUUGGCUCCCUACACGCAGGCCAGGGCGGCUAUCACCGGUUGGUUGGCGUGGGACGUGCCCGGGACCUUUUUUCUUCUCGGAAAUGAACUCUUAAUAUGGCCUUUUUUUUUUCGUUCUUCGGGACUUCUUGAAGUCCCGCUGGUAACCUCCCGUCUCCAACCGUCUUCUCGUCGGCGGCUAGGACGGGUCUUAUGCAGGUGCCUUUUUUACACUUUGGCGGGAAUUGGGUUGUCUUCCUUUCUCUUCUCGCAUUGUACCAUCGAUCACGGGGACUUUUGGCGGUCCCCUCUGCGGCGGUUUUGGGCGGUGGCCUUGGUGGCCUCCCUUGGGUCCAGGAUUUGGUCGGGGUGUUCAGGGUAGGAGGCGAUAGCGUGUUCGUUUCCUUAUUAUCUUGGUAUAUAGCAUAUAUACAUUGUCGUCAGCUUAACCCGCCUCCCGCAUCCUUAUCGAUUCACCGUGACUUUCUUCCUAGCUGUGUCGCGAUACGCUUGGCUUCGUCCCGGCCACAUGCUCUUCUGUCCCUCUCCCUUCCUCGCCGCAACCGGCAGGGACCUCACGUUGGCCUCUUUCGAAAAAAAAAUUUUUUUUUUCUCAUUGCUGCUCGUGACGUUGACGAGGGAGGUCGGUGGGCAGGUCAAGAUAAGUGCUACUACGUGUAUAAUUACUUCGUGAACGCCCGCGCCUCCCCCUCCCUCGCCCCUGAAUAUCUUCACGUGCAAACGAGCAGGAAAAAGAGGGAGAGGAGGGAAAAAAAGGAGGGAAAAAGGAAAGGGCAAUCAAGACAGCGGGGGCUCUGCGAGAAAUAUUAGGUACCUAGCCGCUGGGGUGCCUUCAGACAUGUAAGGCCGAGGAGAUGGGACGCACUGCGCUGCGAGUCGGAGAUCUCGGCCGCGUCUCGAGCGCCGUUGGGGUGGGUUGCGUGCUUGGGUUGCUGGGGCGAGUAAAGUCGUAUCCACAUCUGCUCGGCAGGGGUUGUCGUUGUCGGGUCGCCUUGGGGGACGCGUCUUGGCGUGCUGCGAGUGUGUGUACCCAGGACCAGGA